CGGUUAAUACCAACCGCAAUUAAAACAGAAGAAGAAGGAGACAGCAGCUGUUAGCCAGCUAGCUAUAUUUACUCUAGUGUCCGUGAACACAGUAAAGUAACGUUAACUUUAUAACGGAGUUGUUAAACAGCAUCGCAUUAAAUAACAACACUAAUGGUGUGGAGUCGGACUGUUACAUUGUUCUCCGCACUGAGUGGCUAACCACAAAAAAGGAAGCAAUGAACUUCCAGAGCAGUCGGCGGCGAGGAGAGGAUGGCAUCGCCGCGGUGAUUGACUUCCUGCUUUCUAAUGCCCAGUUGGUUCUGGGAGUCGGUGGGGCUGCUGUGCUGGGAAUUGCUACACUGGCAGUAAAACGGCUGAUAGAGCGGGCAGGCCGUGCAGCCGAAGAUGAAAAGGUGAAGCAGAAGAUGGCUGAGAGCUGGGAGGAGCUGAGUUUGGUCUCUGCUUCCCCCACACUGAUCAAGAAGGGCAUUGAGGGUGUGGUGAUGAAACAUGUUGCCAAGGCAGCCAGACAGCAGAAAGCACCUCUUUUUCAAUCAGCUGACCUGAGCCAGCAACCUCAGACGUCCUCUCAGGAGCUGCCGGCUGAACCUGAGUCAAAGUCCAAGAGGCUCCAGCUGUGCGUCCUCAGUUUGCAGGAGCGCCUGCAGCAGUACUAUCACGCGAGGGCGGCACUCCCUCCACAUGAGGUCCAGAGGGCUCAGUCUCUAGCUCUGGACAUCUGCACUGAGAUCCAGGGCUUUCUGCACAGCCGUCUUCCUGACAUGCCCCUGGGAGAAAUGAGCCUCGGAGGUUCUCUUCUGGAUGACCUGCAGGUGGUCAAUGCGGACCAUGCGUGUCUGCUGGUGCCUCUACAGCUGGAAGAGUCUCUGUGGCGUCUCAUCCCGGGAGAGGAAACGCUACUCACACAUCCGCUGCAUUGGAUGGUCCGCCGGGUCAAUCUGGAAUAUUUUCCCAGAGGGCUCAGCUACUGGGACAGGUACCUGGUGGGUGGUUACCUGUCUGCAGAAGCUGUUGUGAACAUGUUUAGUAAAGCUGUCAUGGAAACUAUAAAUUGGCCGUCUAUCAGCAGCACUAUGGACUGUCUCGUCAGACCUGUACUGGGAGGACCAGACCUGAGACUGGAGAUUCGGCAUGGAACUGAAGAAGGAGCAGAGAGCGGUGAUCAGUCCCUGUUCAUCUCCGUGCUGCCUCUGCUGAGGAAGGAGGACGUGGCUCUGACUGCCCAGACGGAGCUCACCUCUCCCUGGGUCAACGCCUGGCACCUGUCUCUCUACCCGUGGGAGACUCAGCGGCUGACUCAGCUCGACACCGCUGACGGCGGAUAUCGCAGGCACACACUUAAAAUCCUCAAGGCGGUGUGCAGACUGAACCCCUGCCUACGACCGCUCGAAGCCGCCCCGCUGGCCAAUCUCAUCCUGCACCUCAGUGACAGCGAGAGCAACUGGUCUGAGGUCAGCCUGGAUGCUAGAUUCCAGCAGUGCAUCACAGAGCUGAUUGGCUACCUCGAACAAGCGGCGUUACACAGUUAUUUCAAGCCAGCUGUCAAUCUGCUGAGCGGCUUGUCAGAGGACCAGGUGGACCAGAUGGGCUUCAUGCUCUACUGCGCUGUGUCAGAGCCUGAGAUACUGCUCAUAUAACAUUUAACAUUUCUCAAACUCUGACACACACACACAGAUAAAAUGAGUAAUAUUUUAUCAGCCAAAAUGUUUGGUUCAAGGCAAAGAUGUUGCAUUUUUCUCACCGCCUACUCGCGUUGCUUAGCUUCUCCGUCCUACUUCGAUGCAAGGGAACCGGGUACAGUUGGAAUGAGGAAAUGGCCGGCACCAUGGACUGAUGCCUACACAGGAUGAGGAGAAGCUACAGAGAGACAGGAUUUGAAAGUGAUAAUCAAGCUAAACAAACCACUCCGAGGAAAGUAGACGUGCCAAGGAAAGGAGCUGAGGAAGUGUUUAUCAAGAUGUUUGAAAUGCUUCAGGAUGUGCCUGAUUAGAACACCACAGCCAAGUCUGCAUUCAAGUUUGUGUGAUUAUUAUUUUGCUUUCUGGCCUCUAGCUGAUAGCGUGUGGUCUGCAUUAUUUUCCUAAAUCUCCUCUAAUAUAUUCCAACUAUGCAGGAAAAUAAUGACCUGCUGAAAACCAACAGGUUUCGAUGCACUAAUUAAACAAUUCAGUCUGUCUGAGUUGGACUUAUUUAAACGCAAAGUUUAUCUUUUAUCGUACUGGAGGUGGAAGUGUGCAGUAUUUUGUUUGUCUUGUUUAGUGUUCAGUCUGUUGCCAAACUUAUUUGGGUAAACUAACCCUUUAAAUUAUUAACGUUGACUAAUAAUUUGAUGCAGUUGCUUUUAAAUACCGUGUGAAUGUCGUGGCCAUUUCUUCAGAUGUGUUUUCUUGCUGAGUGAAAGAAAAUUUAUUUUUCGGUGAUUGAACAGUGAAACUGCAAAUAAAAAUUAAAGCAUUUGUUUAGAUUCUC